AUGGGGAAAUUCAACUGUUCGGGUAUCCUUACUGGCAGUACAAGUAGAGCCUCAACUGUCCAAGCCAACGUCCUCGACGAACCUCCAGUUCAGUUUUACGCCGCGCAGCCUCUCUUUUUCUGGCCCCGUGCUUUUCAGACAGAACGUCUCGACGCACCAAAGCCUCCGUUCCCUGGCUCCGCAUCUGGUUCGAUACCUUGCACAUCCCGUCCUCUCGCAACAACACCAUCUCCAGCAGUCGGCACAGCUGCUGGCCUUCGCAAUCCACCGCAAGUCGGCGAAUUAGCUCUGUCCACCUUUGGUGGCCCGGAACAAACGAUCGUGCCUGGCGUUCCGGAUACUACAUGCGUCCUCGUUAGCAUCCCUGGCUUUUGCAACCGUGCAGAGCAGAGUUUCGAAGAAGCAAGGCUGAGACGCUACGAGUUCUACCAUGGCGAAAGCGAGCCACUAGUGACACCGAAAUGGCCGGAAACCACCUUCGGCCAUUCCAAGGCCCCCGCUCCCUACACCGUCGUUCGAUCGCUGUUCAUUGCCUCCAGGUCAGGACUUCUCUCCGCAGAGCAACGAGCGGAAUAUUGGGGAGGAGAGAGGAGGUUGGGAGGGGCAAACCCCGCGCAGUAUGGAUACUGCAGGUGCCAGCAGUGA